AUGGUGCAUGGCUACAGUCAUUUCGCCCUUUCCUUCUAUCUUAGCUUUUGCCGACACCUCCAGAAUGUGGCGCUUAUCCUUAUUUGCAAUCUAGUGCAAGCUCAAUGGGACAUCACGAUUACGGACGCGGUCUGCGUGAGCCGACGAGCGGUGUAUCUCGGUGCUUCAAUACCGAACGUCGUCACAGAUGCUCUGUUACUUAUACUGCCAAUACCAUAUGUCUGGACACUACAUGCACUAGUGGCUCAGCGACUGGCGGUCGAUGGCAUGUUCCUGCUUGGAUGUUUCGUGUCAGUCGUCUCGCUAGUCCGUCUGAGCGUCUUCAUGGGUCUGGACUUGACUUCUCCGAAUGUCACAUAUAAUUUGAACGACGUUUUUAUCUGGUCUCUGGUCGAGGUGAACGUCGGCAUCAUAUGUGCCUGCAUACCUGGUCUGAGACCUGCAGUUAGAGUACUAGGGCUCGGCAAAUGGUUUGGUAUGAGCAACCAAUCUGGAGCACAAAGUGGUGACCUCGGAGCAUCACCGUACCACUACCCGUCGAACCACGCGAGGUCACGAUCAGCCAAGAAGCCAUCCAUGUUCGCGAGUCUAUUCACGCACAUGGAUGAAGAAGAGGACAGCUUCGAGAUGAUUGGCAAGAAUCAUGACCAGCAAGGAAGGAACGAUGUGCAGAUUGGCGUGGCAAAGAGUACGGAGUGGCACAGUACGCAUACUACCGAAGAAACGAAUCGUGGGACACCUUCAAGUCCAGAUGUGCCUGCUAUCAAGGUCAGAAAGGACUGGCGACUUGAUGUCUCAACAGCGCCGGGGGUUAGUGUCGAAAUCGAGCGUGGUAGAUGA